CUGAAGAAGGAUUAAUAUAAACACACCCUCUUGUGUCGUCUUCUACCCGAGUGAUUCUCAUUAUUUAUUGACCUUUAAGUGCACCUGUACUCCCUAUUAUAUUAUAAACACACUAAAGAACUUUUCCAGUUCCAGGUGGGAACAGAGGCAAGAUGGUUCGUGACCGACUGAAAGAGUUUCGAGAAAUCAGUAAACGUCAGAGUACUGCUGAUGAGGACGUGGUCACAAUCUCCUUUGAUGGGAAUGAUGACCAGAAAGUCCUCAUGGAAAGUCUUGACAAGAUUGGACCUCUGUAUACACAGUUAAAGCAAAUGAUGGAAUCAGUGCAUGACCUCAGGACAAUGGUACACGAGCAUGACAAUCGCCAUAAAGUGGAAGAUAAAGUCAACAGUAUCAAAGCUCAGGCUAGAAAGCUACGCAUGUCAUUACAGGAGAUAAAAGCUAGAAGUGAGAAGACCACCGGGGUCACUCACCACGUAACAAAAACACAUCACGUCGCUUUAGUUAUCCACUUGACCCAGGUACUGCAUGAGCUAUCAGUAAUGCAGGCUGACACCCAUGACCGCCAUGCUCAGUAUGUGAGAAAGGAACUCAUUAUAACAGGUCAAGCAGGUAUUGAUGAAAAUGAACUUGAAAGUCUCCUGGAAGAAUCGACAGAAAUAUUUACACAAAAUAUUAUCCAAGAGACACAAGUAGCACGGCAACAGCUUCAUGAUCUGCAGGAGAGACACGACGCUUUUAUUAAAUUGGAAAAAUCUAUCACCGAGUUGUAUCAGUUAUUUCAGGAAGUGGCUCUAUUGGUACAAGAACAAGGAGAGACUAUAAAUAGGAUCGAAAACAAUAUAUUUGAAGCACAGACCAAGACAGAGAAGGCAAAAGUAGAGCUGGUGUCUGCUAGGAUAAAUCAGACGAAAGCGAUGAAGAAGAAGUUUAUAAUCGCUCUCAUUGUUGGAGUGAUCCUGCUGAUUGUCGCCCUCAUCUUAAUUUUCUCUUUUACUGGAUGAGAGUGAGAUGAAUCCACAAACCUGUAGAAAUACUUUGUCUCAACUAAGACUUUGCCUUUCCCAUCAUCUUACGUGGGCAGCAAAUGAACUGUGAUCUAUUUCCGUCUUCAGCAGCUGUGCUAUGAUUUCAUUGUGUGCAUACUUGAAGCUCCCUGAGAGAACAUUCACCGUCUCGUUUCUUCAAUAUUUAAGGUGCUAUGGAUCUCUAACAUAGUGUGCCUCUCCUCUAAUGUUAACUUAUAACACAGAAAGUCCCACUAGUGUUUUGUGUUUGAAGUAUAACUGAUCCUUGAUGUAUGUUAGUCUGUGUGACAUGACUGUGUUGCCUUUUAACAUGUGACAUGGCUUAUCCCUAGAGUGCCUGAGCUUGUGAUGUGGUAUAAUGUCGUCCGUAAGGGUUGUAAAUAUAGAUCACCCAAAAAAGUAAUGAUUUCCUGGGGCUUUAGUAAUUUUUCUGCACAGCUGAUAAGUGUGUGAAUACUGAAAACAGAAUUAUUAAUUUUUCAUGAGGAUGUUAUAAGCUUUGUUGUCAUACAUUAAAAUCUCAUAGCUAGUUUAAAGUGUGGUAUUUAAUAAUGAUUAAGGUAAUGAUAAAUGGAGCUGUGAUAGAUUACAUACGACCAAGUUACAUUCAUCUCAAUUUUCAGCUUUUGGGGGGGGCAGCUCUGAGAAUGUCUUUCCUGACCUACAGAGAAAAAUACUAUAUACUCUCCCAGCUCUAGCUCACUCACAGGACCCCCAUCUUGUGUGCACUAACCACUCAUCUUUACCCACAAAUGUAGCUGAUUAAUGAACACCCAAAUAAGAUUUAUUACAUAUUUUACACAAGUAGUAAUCAUGAGAUAUACUCCACAAACAAACUCGUAAAAUAUAAAUAUUCUGGCAUUUGGUUUUGGAUGGUUAAUGAAUUAAAGUCAAUUGGUUGUGUGUUAAAGAACAGGACCAUAAUGUGGAAUUUUAUACAUUUGUAGGAUUACUUCAGGUUUUAAAGGGUUUUAUAUACAAUAGUCAAAAUUACCUCAGGCCAGUUGAAGUAUGGCCAUAUAUGUACUCCUGACUUGAUAUGUGAGUAAUUGAUGUUAUUUAAAGAAUCAUAAUGUACUAAUAGUAAACAUUUGACUAUAAUAUCAUUGAAAAAAGUAGUAUACUAUUCACUUAAACAUAAAAAUUGUUUUUUAAAAGGAAGAACACACACAGAUCAAUAUACAGUACCAUAAUUUUUGCUGUACAGUAUUAGAGUGCAACAUUUUCCUUCAUUUUAUGAUUUUGUUUUUCCUUAUUAGUUAUGGUAAUGGUAUGUAUCUGAUGUGAGAAUUUUUAAGAGAUCAGAUCAGGUCAGGAGUUCAGUAUCGGCAAUAUAGUGUUGGAACCUGUGUGUAUAAUAGGCAUGUGUACUGUGCCGAUGGACCUGAAAAUCGGUGUCAUCGUCAACCACCAGUCCAUCAACUGAAGCAUCCAUAAAUAUUCCAGUGUUUUGGGGGAAUACAUAUCACCCCAACUCAUUUGAAUUUUUAUACAUUUUAUACAUGUUUAAGUUGUUGGUAUGGCUGAUAUUUGAUCCCAUACAUGCACUAUAAAAGUCUUCUUAACUUUCAAACUUAAAAAAAAACCAGUACAAUAUGCUACCAGCUCUGAACCUUUGAAAUAGAUAGCCUGAAGAUUCUAACCCCCCUCCUCACCCCAGCCUAUUUCACCUACAAGAUUAACCACCCUAAAGCUAUUUUGGGGAUGGGGGUUAGAUUAGUGUUAGGGGAGUUAAGCUUUAGAUGAAAUAAGCUGGGGACUUGGGGGAGGUCAUCGGGGGAUACUUUGAUACAACCUCUAAAUAUAUCAACCCGUUUAGUAAUGAAAUACACCUAACAAACACAGAAGAUGAAAUACAAAAAAAAAAUUUCACAUUGCUGUAAUAUGUAGAAAAUCUUGUCAUCACUAUAGAUAUAAGAUCGAUAUAUUUUUCCUACACUGAUAUUUUUUAAUUUAUUUUGUACGUCUUGUAUACUGUAUAGCACAAUAUGCAUAUCCUCACCUACUAGAAGUUACCAUCAAAAUUACCUAUUGGGUGGAAACUUAACUGUACACAUGAAUUACUGGGAAUCCUUGUGUCUCACUUGGCCACUUGGUUAGGUUAGGCCACUUGUUAAUGAUUCUGUACUAUCUCUAUUUUCAGACAUUCAUUUAACACGACUAUAUUACUGUUUAUAUGUAAUUUUUCCACUUGUUUUCUCUUACCUAGUUGACUGGUGCCUUAACAUUGCCAGUACGUACUUGUUUCGGAACAGUUAUGUUGCCUUGAUACAAUUUGAUCUGUGAAGGUUUGAUGAUGAUGGUGUGUGUAUGUGCAUUUAUAUUACUUGUUUUGCUUAGAAUAUUGAGGAAGAUAGAAUAUUGAUUGAUAUAAAGUACUGAUUUUUUUUAUAUAUAGCCAGUGUUCAUUCUAUAUUAUUUUGUUCCCCUUGUUAAAAAAAAUAGUAUGUGUGGUUUAUCAUGUUCAUCUUGAGUACCUGUAGAGUACGCCCAUCAGAGAUCAUAUAUAUCUAAUAAACGUAAUCUUUUGAAACUGUCUAUCUAGAAGCAGUAUAUCUGGGGCCGUAUCUCUAAACCUUGAAAGACAUUAAUGUAGUGUUUUUAAGUUCUUUUAUAUCUGUGAGUCAGGUUUAUUCUUUUCAGUGUUCAAUUCUCUUAAUCCUCAUCAAUGUAAAGUAAGACUUUAAUUUGUGAUUUCCUUAAUAAUGUACAGUUUUGAGUUCAAUAUAAUUUUAGGUUUAGUAAUUAAUAAACUUGCUACAUCUCUGUUAACAAAAUGCUUGUUGAAAUAUUGAAGCUGAAGCAUUUCUAUUAACUAGCUUCAUUAUUUCCUAGCAGACUGAAGUAGUGGGAUUAAUAUUCCUGAUUUAUUUCUCAGUUAUUUCCUCAUAUCUCACCCUUAAUAUGAAGGAUAUUUUGGAUGUCUCUAAAUGUUGUAAUGUCAGAACUGUACUUAUUUUGCACAUAGAAUGAUUACUAGAAUUUACAGACUGCACAAAUGAAUUGGUAAUUUUUACAUUUGUCUGGAUGUUCCUGUCUUUCACCUUGUCAAGUUCAGCUCCUAUGUUCUAAAAGACAAUGAAGACCUGUUGUUACUUUCCUGAUAUCAGCAUCAUUGUGCAGUCAAGAUUUUGCAUUAGUUUCCUAUUCUUUAACAAAUGCUCUAGUUCAUUCCCCUUUUUUAUUUUCUAGAGAUAAGACGUUUAUUCUCCCUUCUUUUAUCUUUAGUUCCCGACAAUCAGUCAGCCACUUCGUAAAUGGUCUGCUUGAAGUGAAAAUUGCCCUCCUAAUAGUUCCUGACAUAUUUCCUCUACAGUACAAGCACAUCAUAUAUGUUCAAUUAAGGUAAAUUUGUGGAGUUGUCGCUCAAGUUGGUAAGGAAAAAUGAAUUGUGUAUAUAUUUUCUAGUACGUACAAUGGAUAGUCAUGAAAAAUUAAGGAGAUCCUGAAGGUUAAUGAAUGAGAGGAAAAUGUAAUUUAUGAGGUGUUCAUUUAUUUGUCUUUUGUAGAGUUAAUUAAUGUUGAAUAUUAAAAAAAACACUAAUGUCGAUAAAAAAAGCUGUAACGCUACAUAAUAAAUUUUAUUAGAUGAAGAAGUUUACGGUAUAUAUAGAAGCAGAUUUUGUAGGGUGAGAGUUUUUCUGAAGAGGAAAAUAAAAUAAGAAAAUUUAGAAGGGUUCCAGUGUUUUGUAAACUUGGGAAAUUUAUUUGUAUGGAUGUUGGAAAGUAGAAAUGUGUUUCAAGAAUCAGACAGGUGGUAGUAGUGUAAAGACUUCGAUAAGGUGCAAUAAUAUAUGUGUAAACGUGUGAGGUACAGUCUUUUGCUGAUAUAUAGACUAGACUGAAAAGACAGAUAAUGUAAUACUAAAUUUACAAGGUGGGAAGAGCGAAAGUAGUAGAAAUUGUAUUAUUGAGCAAGAGUGGAUAGUGAAGAAUGCAUAUGUGAGAGGAGUGUUUGGCACAGGAAAAUGGGCAUGUGCAAAUAAUAGAUGGGAAUAGAAUGAUGAGAAUAUAUAUAUUUGUGUGAGAGGAAAGAAAGGAGGUGCAAAUAGAUAUUGAAAGGAAGGUAGAAAGACAGUGAAAGCGACUGAGUGCUCAGGGGUACCAUGAGAAAUGCAGUGGGCAGAGUAGUGCAUUAAUAAAUAUAUUUGUAAGAGAAACUAGCUACCCUGCUGGACAGUGGGAGAUAUAAUAUUAUAUGUAUAUAGAAGAAUAAGAAAUAUGAAACCACAUUUGCAUUUUGUGUUCCUACGAAUUUUAUACCAAGCAGAUACUAGUGUCAUGACUCAGUAGUGUCUUAUCUUGUUUUGCUCGCAAUAAACUGUUUCUUCACCUCUCUAUGCAAAUCAGACACCCAAUUCAUACCAUGACCUGUGUUUUAUGUUGAAACAGUUACUCACACCAAUAAGAUUAGAAUAUAUGGGCAAGACGUUAUUAAAUACACUGGCAGUGUCUGAUCGUGUUAGUCAUCCCUGGUCUCAUCUUUACUGAUUAACAUAAGGAGUUCUUUAAGUGUGGUUGAUGCAGACAAGGGUCACAUGUUGGUCACCCUUGUUAUGUUAUAAUCUGUUAAGAACAAACUUGUGUUAUUUUUCCAUUUAUUUUUGUGUAACUGUUUUCAUACUCACUCAAUAUGCAUUUAUGCACAUCAGUCUGCCAUCCUUAUUUAUGAUAACUGUAUUAUAUCUAUGAGGAACUAAUAGAACUCCAUCCAAAGUUUCUACACCGUGUAUGUUCACCAAUUCAACUUACACACGCACACACUAACUAUAACUAAUACAUAUACACACAUGUAAUCCUGUAGCCCAUGAUUGUGAUCCUCCAAUGUUUAAUCCUCUCCCCUUAAUUAUAUUUACUCCAUCCAUUCAUGUAUACAGUACUGCCUUUAGUUUUCUCUUCACAUUUCAUCUCUUGUAAGUGAUUUCCUGUAUAUUCUCAACAGACUAUUCACAAUGCCUAUCUCUGAAGUCCAUUCCAGUAGAUUAAGAUUGAAUGUGUUUUGUUAUUCACCAUCACUCAUGCUUUGUAAUCACCUUCUAAAUAUCCCUUAUACUGUAUUUCCCCAUAUUUACUCCAUAUAUUAAGCUGUAACUAGCAUCCCAUGUCUAAACUUAUUUCAUGAAACAUUAUAAAUCAAUUCCAUACAUUUGCUCUUAACUAUAUAGUAAUCUUUCUUGCCAUUCCAUAUUUAUUUAAUAAGUGUUGUAACUUGUGCUGCGAUGGCAUAACUAACAACACCCAUGAUAUUUAUAACAUUCCAUUAGAUUAUGUGUUAGUGGGUAUAUUUUCUUGUGUGAGGUAAUCUAUUUUAUAAUGGUAGUCUUGAGUGUUUAUAAAGUGGCUUAUUUGACAUCUUUAUAAUCUAACCCAUCCACUUUUAAGGGGAGGAAUGAAAGCUAACAUGUGGACUCUUUAUUUACCUGCAAGUUUGGCUGUCACCUACACCCCUGACAACAUGCCUUCAUACAGUAGCCCAUUUUAACCACAGCUCAGUAAUUGGAGACAUUCAUAUUACCUGUCAAAUAUUUCAGCGACUUAUGUAUAAUUAUUGUUUUUAUAAAUGAUAAAGCUCAUUUGACUGUCGUGUUUUUAUUUUUAUUUUCAAUAAUUUAGCGAGGUGUAUAACCUAGCUAAUCUGAAGUGUCCAUUAAAGUUGUUUGCUGCUUUCCUUCUCUGGCCAUUUUUUUAAUUCUGGUAAAUGUUGAUAUAAUACAUCCCCCCCCCCCACCCCCUUUCUGAUAAUAUAAAUCAUCGAAUAGAAGAAAAUUUUGCAUAGUUUGAGCAUAAGAAGAGACAGACAGAAGAGGGUAGAGCUUGAUUAUGCUUAUUUCAAGGUACCCAAAAAAGAUUACUUACCGUAGUAUCAUCAUGUCUGUCUGCACACAGGGAAAAUAAUGAUGCUAAUGGUAUCUUAUCUGUGUUAAAUGUUAUUGUGUCAUUAGCUUGUGUGUGUUUGUAAGUUAGUAAUUCUGAACUUCUCUAUUGAAUGUAAAAAAGAAAUUGUAUUGUUUUAUUUGUCAAUGCCGUUCAGUGUUUGUGUUGUUGGUUGUGCGUACAUCUUACAGUAAAUCCUUAUGUUUUGUAAUUUAACUUUCACUUAACACAAGCAAUGUCUGGGCUGCAUUUUUUUUUUGACAUUGCCAUUGUGUUGUAGAGGUCUUGUGGCCUAUCCAAAGUAUAUUUCUCCAUAGAUAACAUUUUUACUUUUUGAAGAAGAAGAAAUAAAAGCUAAUAUUUAAAAAAUAUAUGAAUGGUAGAUAAUUAUACUGUACAGUAUGUAAGUUUCAUCCCUUUGUGAGUCAACAAUAUUAUACUAUACAUAUCUUAUAUUCCAGAAUAAAAUUGGCUUUCAUGGAAUAUUCUUUGAAGAGAUAGUUGUUGUGUGUGCUGUAUUGUAUUUAUCCUUUUAUUUUUGUUCUUUUUAGAGAAGUAUGGUGGAUUAAGUUACAGUAAAGUCUGUUCAGCAGCAUAGAUACUGCACAUUAGCCCGGUGUUCAUGUGCUCCCAGGUACACACGUUGAGCUUUAGCUUAAGAAGAUUUAGCUGCACAUUGUACAAUAUUCCUUUAGUCAGGCAGAUAUAUUGUCAAUUAGUAAGUCAGCAAAUUAAUUUCUACUGUGAUUUUUUUUUAAUGACAGAGGGAUCUUAGUUUAUUUAUUUAAGAAUCAUUAACUGUACUGUACUGUACUUUUUAUUAAAGUUUAUUACUGUUUCUUUAGGUAGUGACAGUUUAAAUACUGUAUGAAAUUUGUGGAUGGAAACCUAAAAUAUCAUACAGUUACAGGUCAGCAAAUUUUAUUAUUAUUUUAUCAAUCAUUUCACCGCUUAUAACAUAUUAGCCAUUUGGGCAGUUGGUUUGAUUUUUAUUGUCCUGUGUUAAUACAAGAGAGAAUUUGAGUGCCUGGAGAAAACCUGCCAUGUUUGGUAGUGUCUCACUGUACAACACCUUUCUCACAUCUGUUCUCGGCUGGGAUUGAACCCAGGACACUUUAGAGAGAGAUACACUAGUUAUCACUGUACCAUCAACACCCCCACAUUGUGUGGGGUCAAUACAUCUUGGAUCCAAAUAUAACACCAGAUAUACAUUAUAUGCCUUUUAUAGUUCUUUUCUUUUCAAAAUACAAGUAUUAAGGUUUAUUCAUUUCAUUUAAACAAUCUUUUUAUUUGUUUGCGACAUCCUUAAGUUGAGGUGCAGGAAGCAGAAUUGGUUGUGUACAGUGAUAGUAUGUGUGCUUCUCACUAUUACAUCCUGGGUUUGAUCCCCAUGUCAUAUGUGAGAAGGGUGUUAUCCAGUGUAACCCUACCAUGCAUGGUCAUAACAAAGAACAGACCAAACACCCGAACGAUUAGUAAAAAUGGUAGAAAUGUUCACAUUUAAAAACAUUUAGCAGUUUACUGAAGCCUAGACUAUGUUGAAGCAGCUGUGAUAUAACUAUGAUAAUUGUUGAUGUCACGUAUAGUAAUUUAGAUUGGAGGAAGUUAGAUAAGCAAUGAGGCUGUGAUGUUUGCUUUACUCUUUUAUAGUUACUACACACAACUCACAAAGCCAUUCAUGAUAAGGCACUAUUGUACAAUCACUAACAUCCACAGUCAAUGGUAUUCACAAUCCCUAGUAUCCAGGCAUGUUGUCAAAGUUCCGCUAUUGAACCUGGAUAAAUAAGGAAACAAUUAGCUCGGCAUAACCAAACAAUUAAUGACUUGUGCUAUAGUUUCAGAGUCAUAUACCGUCUCCACGGGAAGGAAUGAAUAGCGGAUCGGGACUAUUUUUCAUGGGUAAAUGUAAAAUAGUAAUUGUCACGAACUUUAUGGAGUUUUGGCUUGUUCCUGGAAAAAGCUAAAUGUAAAUUAUUCUUGUGUCAGUGGUGUCAUGAGCAGCCUUAAUAACACUCCAGAAUCAGGAAGCAAAUGGUACUUAAUAUUUUAUACACUAUUUAUGAAGCUCGGAAUCAAUCCUCGGUUUGGAUUACCUGAUUUUAAUAACAUGUUUUGUACAAAUAAACCCAUUUCACAGUU